AUGGUGGGCCAGCGACUGCAGAAGUACAUCGCAGGCUGGGGCUUGGAGCCCCAGGACGUGCCCACGGUCAUCACCACCUUCCUAGGUGCCAAGUAUGUGACGUUGUGCGUCUUUGUGGGCCUCGGUGCGCGCUUCCAACCCCUGCGACGGCUCUUCCCGCGGGCGGCGCGGACACCCAUCAACAACGCCUGGACACAGGUGAAGAGUUGGGCUUCUGGCGAGGCGCGGCGCGAGGCCGAGAGGCGGAGCAAAUGGGGUGGCUGGUAUAGUUGGGCAUCAGACCACUACUGGCAAUUGUCCGAUCGACUACAAACCUCCUUAGACCAGAACCGCAUCUGGACGAUUUUGGCCUCGAAGACGGGCGCUAAGCCCGGCCAGUUGGUCCUGGGUGUCGCGGAGGGAACGAUCCUGUGUAAGCUCACCUUUCCCAUUUGGGGCCCCUUGGAGCUCUUGGUCAUCAUGAACCUUUGGCGCCGGCGGCGCGCGCCGGUGGCGAGCGACCUCUACGAAGAAUAUACCAAAGCAGCCGUUUCUGGGACUUUGACGGAUGGCGCGCUGAGUGCCAACGAUUUAUCCGGCGCUUUGGAGCUUUCCGCACCCACCUUCCAGGAGCCCGGGCACGGAGCCUCAGAUAGGCUUCGACAUCAAUCCGUCCUAAUGGUGCCCAUGUGGCCUCACGGACGCCACCAAGGUCACGAGAUGGAUGCCAAGACCUUGAACAGUCGCUUGCUGGUUGGGGCCAAGUGGUCCACGCUGUCGAACGCCUUUUCCAAGAUGGACGCCGAUGGAAACCACCAGCCUCCCAAGAACCCUACGAACUCCCAACGCUUCGGGGGUGCCUUUGGAACCCCCGAACACCUGAACUACUUGGAUCCCUCGGUCAGUUUCUCUGAGCAGACGCAUCAGACGGCAGCGUCGAUGACCAAAUGCCCGGGCCGCCCCACGACGAACGCAGGAACCGCAGUGGAGAGGGAACUGCAGAAGCUUGGCGUUGGUGUGGCGAAGCCGUCGCAGGAGCUGGUGGUCGUGGAGACGUACGAUUCGACCGUCGAGCAACCAUCCUCGUUCUUUCAAGACCUCAAAGAUGAUCGCCUGGUCCAUGUGGCGCUGGCCCAUGAUCUGAACGUUGGCCUGAAGCGAAACAUUUCGGUGCUGAUGGCCAGUGGAGAGUAUUGCGUCAACUUCGACGAUGAUGAUUUCUAUGCUGAUGGCUAUGUGGAGCGGAUGGUGGGGGAACUGCAAUUGAGGGGAUUAGGUGCUUUGAAGCUCUCAGCCUGGCACAACUAUUUCGAGUCCACCGGGCGCUGUGGCUAUUCCACGCCACACACCUGGAAGGAGGACGAAGAGCGGGACAACAAUGUCUUCGGCUAUGGCUUCAGUUAUGUCUAUCGGCGAGAACUGGCGCUGGCCUAUCCCUAUCCUCACCUGGACUUUGGUGAGGAUGCGCCCUUUAUGUUGAAGCUUCGCGAUGGAUGCCGUGUGGGGCUGAUGGAGGAUUUGGAGGGCGUUUGCCUGCACCUCGUGCAUCGCCACAGCAGCACCAUGGAUCCAGAGGUCUCCCGGAUACUCCCUCAGGAGGAGCUGGAAGACUUGGAGGUGGCAGACUCCCAGGCCUUUCAGCACUUCAUCUCUUCGCGACGCUCCUGGUGGUGCUGCGACGUCUGAGGAGGCUCGGAGCAGCUCGGUCUCGGGUCCUUUGACCCCGGCUGCAUCCCGUGGAAGAUGCUGACGGGGCAGGUCCUCCGCCCAUCUAAACGAAGUCGACCACUCUCGUGGUGACGACGGAUCGAACUGCAUCGAUGCAUGGCCGAUGUGAUGGAAAGUGAUGCCAAGGAGUCGAAAGAUGAGAGAUGUGAUCAGACAUCGGUCGUCGUGAGGAUCGGGUUGGUCGUUAAGGAGAACAACCUGCCGAAGGUGAGGGGAUCAAGCGCAGCCUG